UUAAAUCUUUUUUUUAACUUCACAAUCCAACCUCUCCCCCCUCCCGUGGAUAAGCAAACAAUCCUCCCGCAGAAGCAGAAAAGGCCUCUCGAACCUUCCAAAUUCCGUCGAAAUCCUCGCCCGAGCCCUAAAUUCUCUCGCCGGAUUCGCCUGAUCCUACACGCGAUCUCUCGGCUCGCCCCCAAUGGCCGACAAGGAGAAGCCGGAGGUUGAGGAGGAGGAGGAGGAGUACGAGAGCGACCUCGACGACGCGCCGCUCUCUGCGCUGCGGCGCCGCGACGCUGCGAGCGACGACGAGGAAGAGGACGAGGAUGAUGACGGAGGGACGCCCUUGAGGCGGAGGGAGGCCGGAUCCGACGCAGAUUCCGACGGGCAGGGCGCCGCCGAGGUGUACGACGAGGAGGGCGCGUACGAGGUAGGCGAGGAGGAGUACGAGGUAUACGAGGAGGAGUACGGGGGGUACGAAGCAGGGCACGGCGGAGUGCGCGGGGUGGCGGCUGAGGCGGUUGCCGGUGCGGGGCAGGAGGGGGGCGAGGCGGCGGGGGAUGGGGAAGCUGAAAAGGCGGGUGAGGCAGCGCCAGGGGAUGAAGAGGAGGAGAAGAAGGGGAACGAGCCCUACGCCGUUCCGACGACCGGCGCCUUCUACAUGCACGACGACCGCUUCCAGGAGGGCCGGGGCCGUGGGCGUGGCCGCGGGCGCCAAAGGUCUAGUUCAUAUGCAACUAAUUGGAGCCCAGACCUUUGGCGGGAUUCAGCUCUAAUUGGAGCCCAGACCUUUGGCGGGAUUCAGCUCCUCCCAUCUAUGGUUAUCAAAGGACAUUGGAGAAUGGUGAACAGUAGAAGGUUGUGGAGUCCUAAAGACGAGCAAGCCUGGGUCCAUGACAGAUUUGAUGAGAUGGAUCUGCAUGAUUUUCAUGGUGGCAAUCCAAAAAGAAAGCAGGGAGGUGGCAUUAGAGGACGCGGUGGUGGACAAGGUGGUAGAACUCGUGGCAUUAGCCGUGGUAACUUCAGAGGCAACAGAUCCCGAGCAUACUAUCAUGAUGGUAGCAAGAACUAUAGCUAUGUUCCAAAGGAAUCUCAUGCAUACCAUGAUAACACCAAGAAUACCCGUCAUUCUUCAUACUCUAAUGGGAAGAAUAGAGUUCCAAAACCAUCUCGUGAUCACUAUGAUGAUGCUAAAAGUUAUGACACUAUCCCAAAUGAAUCUCGCACUUACUAUGGUGAUGCUAAGAGUCAAAAGAAUGCACCAAGAGUAGGUCGAGGAAGAGGCUCCAAGCGUUACCAACCACGCUUGAAAAGUACCACUGAUGUAUCUUCAGAGCAAAAUACCAAAUCCCAGAGUCUUGAAGACACUUCGUCAAAUGCAAACUUGGGAAAAGACCAAACUCAAGGAUCAAAUUUGCGGCUUGAACAAGUCCUUCCUGUUAAGCAGACUGUUGCAUCAAGCUUGAAUUCAGCUUCACCACCAUUUUAUCCUGCGAGGUCAUCCAAUCAAGAGUUCCCAGUUGGUCAAGGAGGGAAUGCACAACUUAGUAAUAACCUCCUGAGAGGGAAGGCCUUUGUACCAUCAGUUGGGAAUGUUGGAGCUGCUAUGAAUGGCAUGAAUAGACCCGCACUGCUUCCAGCUGCAUCAUCAUCAAAUGGCCCGUUUCCUUUAGCCACUAAUCAAGUUAAUAGAGACUAUGGCCAGCCUGCACAUCCAAUUGUUCAACAAAACCCAGUUCAAUCCCCUCCCAGGAUGCCUGCCCAGAUGUUUGGUGCAAGAUUCAGCAAUAGCAGUAAAAUAUCACCUGCACAACCUACGUCAACUAUUUCGGGUGAUGAUGCUGAAAUUUCUUCACCUAGUGGAUCAAACAAAUAUGAUUCUCGGUUAACAGUUAAGGGACAACCUGAUGACAAAGGAGAAGAGCGUGCAUUUCUCUAUGGUGGGGCUCAUGCUCUUGGGGCUACAGGUGCAAUGGGCAUUACACUUGGUGAUCAAAAUUUCCAUGGCACCCCAGCAUUGCUGCCAGUUAUGCAGUUUGGAGGUCAGCGACCAGUUGGGCGUGGUGUUCCUUCAAUUGGUAUGGCUCUGCCAGGAUUUGUGUCUCAACAACAACUUGGUCUCAAUAAUUCUGAGAUGACCUGGCUACCAAUAUUGGCUGGUGCCUCUGGAUCUCUAGGAGCACCUUAUGGUUCACCUUAUGUAGCUGUUGAUGGAAGCUAUUACUCUCGACCAUCUGAACAAGCAUCUUCAUCAGUUUCUAUCAGAGAACCUAGUGCAAAUAAUGCUUCUUCUCUGUUGAAGUCCCAAGAAAUAACAGAGGUUGCAAGUGAUGAAAGAACUCAACGCCAAAAUAAACCUCGUCGAUACUCGGAGAUGAACUUUGGCCAAUGAACAUAGUGAUGAUAGUAAUCAGUGAGGACCCAUUGGAGCUUUGGAUCCAAGUAAGACCUGUGCAAGAGACCCAGGCCUUACCAAGUCUUUGCAACAUUUCACUGUCUGAUGUCUAGCACUUUGGGCUAUCUCGUAACCCAAAAAAUGCCAGGUUUGACAGUUGAAGGUGUUCAAACCAUCACUAUGGUCGUUUGCUGUGAUUAUUCUGCUGGGCUGGUGGUGUUACAUUAUUAGGUGAGAUUUACAUGGUACUCUACGUCACCACAAUAUCAGUCGCAACAAUAUCAGACGUCGUCGCAGCAUAUUGCAUACCAGUCCAUAAGUGUGAAGGUCUUGGUGGAAAUCGUGAGAGGUCUCCGUACUGUAAAGCUCGUGUUCCAUUGUGUACAUCAGUCUGUGUACUUGGGUGUGCGCUUGCUUCUGUGCCUCUGCCUUUAGCUCUUUGGUACUCGGCUGACUUGCAUCCGUUAUAUUUAUGAUGAAGAUCCUGUAAACUUGUUAUCUGAUCCACUGUGUUGAAGAUAUAAUUGCCCAGGACAAUGGUACGGUCUUGGCAGUUAAUAACACACUGAGCAUGAUUUGUGGUGGUGAA